AUGAUAGGGUUUGAAAUGAGUGCGAUACUCGCUUUUGCCGUAUACUGGAUGGUCCUUUAUCCACGCUAUUUCACUCCAUUCCGGAACCUCCCAACUCCGCCGCAAAGGAGGAUUCUGACAGGAAACUACCCGGCUCUAUUCCCCGACAACUCGUGGUUGCCUCUACGAAAACUUGCCGAAAAUACCCCUAAUGAGGGUCUUCUGCGUAUAUACUCAGCUUUGAGUGGGGAAGUUCUGUUGGUCACGAGCCCUCCAGCAAUACGGGACAUGCUCACAGUGAAUGCGUUCGACUUCGCCCAUCAGGAUCUGGUCAAAAUCGCCAUCAAAAGAUUCACAGGCAGUAAUCUUGGCUUUCUAAGCAAUGAGGAUUUUAAGUUGCACCGCAAGAAUAUGAUGCCGGCUUUCAAAGUCUCACAUAUCAGAAAACUUAGCCAUAUCUUCUGGCAAAAGUCCCAGGAAAUGGUCCGUUGCAUGGCGGAUGAGUUGCGUUUGAAUCCAGACACUUCGAUCAACUUUCGUGAGUAUGUUUCGCGAGCCACACUCGACAACAUUGGGCUGGCCGGUAUGGGGCACGACUUCAACGCCCUAAAGGAGCCGGAAAAUAACCUGCGAACCCAUUACAGAAAAUUGAUCUUGGACCCAACCAAGGUGUUCAAUUGGGUUGGGCUGCUUAGCAGGUACUUCGAUAUGCGUAUUUUGCUGAAGGUGCCUUUGAGAAAGCUCGUUGAAAUAUCGAAAUCAGCAAACUACCUUCGCGGGAUUACUGGCGAAGUGAUUCAGCAAAGAAAGGAAAAGCUGGUAGCAGACGAGGACUUGAGAGACAAAGAUAUUAUCACCGUGGCCCUAGCGAGCGGCGUAUUUGAGGAAGACCACCUGAUUGACCAUGUCAUGACCUUCCUGACAGCAGGUCAUGAGUCUACAGCGACAGCCUUUGAGUGGACCAUGUAUGAACUUGGCAGACAACCGGAAAUGCAAAAACGCUUGAGAGCAGAGCUGAACGAAGCCAUUGGAUCGGACUUGGCCAUGACGGAUUUUGAGAAACGAGUUCAGAGUCUCCCUUAUCUGAAUGCGUUUUGCAGCGAAGUCCUCCGGUGUUAUCCCUUCUCUCCGAUCAUUGUCAAAGUUGCCAAACAGAGCACCACAAUUACUGGGGAGCGGAUUCCUAAAGGCACGAUUGUGCUGUACUCGGCAGAAGUAACGAACCACGACAAGAGGCUCUGGGGGCCUGACGCCGAUGUAUUCAAUCCGGACCGCUGGAUGGGAGAGGGGAAUGCGAAAUCCGGUGGAGCAAUUAGUAACUAUGCUAUGUUGACCUUUGGAGCUGGGCCACGAAACUGCAUUGGCCUCAAUUUUGCAAGGGCGACUCUUGAAUGUCUUGUUGCUGCAGUGGUAAUCACUUUCGACAUUGAACCCGCAAAUCCCGAUACUGCCGGAAAGCUGAAAUUCGGGCAAACCAAAAAGUCGGCGGAGGGAGUAUACGGCAGGCUCAAGUUGAUCAGACCAUAG